AUGGCAGCGCUUGAGGUGGUUAGGGAGCUGCUUUGUGGUUUUCUAUGGAGAGAAGGAUUUGUUGCUGCUGUGGUUGCUGAAGAAGAAUCGAAUAAUCAAGGGCGGAGAACAGGGUAUCGUGGCUCUAUUCUUGGCCACAAUAUUGUCAAUCGUAAUAGAAAGGAAGUGGAAGCUCAUAAUCCAUAUUUCAAACAAAGGACAGAUGCUCUCGGUGUUCUUGGUUUAUCUUGUCUUCAAAAGGUAACUGCAGCUCACAGAAUACUUGCAUAUGGUAUUCCUGCAGAUCUUACUGAUGAAUAUCUUCAAAUUGGAGAAAGCACUGCGAUAGAAAGUCUUAGAGCUUUCGUCAAAGCAAUCGUAGAAGUUUUUGGUGAUUGGUAUCUAAGGGCACCAAACGAGGCCGAUGUUUGUCGAUUAUUAUCAAUUGGAGAGCAGCGUGGAUUUCCAGGGAUGUUAGGGAGCAUUGAUUGUAUGCAUUGGAAAUGGGAGAAAUGCCCAAUUGCAUGGCAUGGGAUGUAUACUGGUCAUUGUCGUGAACCAACUAUAAUUCUAGAGGCGGUGGCUUCACAAGAUCUUUGGAUAUGGCAUGCCUUUUUUGGAAUGCCUGGAUCAUUAAAUGAUAUUAAUGUUCUUGAUCGGUCACCUAUCUUCGCUGCACUUGCUGAAGGUCGUACUCCUCCUGUCAAUUAUACAAUUAAUGGGCAUGAAUAUACAAUGGGAUACUAUUUAGCAGAUGGGAUUUAUCCUAAUUGUUGUUAA